AUGCUUCAUAAACAAAGAACACAACUUGAUAAUGUUGUGAAAACUAGUUUUAUACUUAGCUCAAAAUUGGCAAAGGCAUUAAAACCAUUUGCCGAAGAAUUUAUCAAGGAGUGCUAUUUGAAUGAUUUAAAUUUGAAACUUCAAAAACAAGGACAGUUAGUAAAUGAUUUGUACAGCCAUUUGAAAGCGUUUCAGAUCAAACUACGCUUGUGGGAGUCACAGAUGCUGUCUGGUAACAGUUACCAUUUCAACACGCUCUCUGCGUAUGAAAAUAUUGCUAAUCCUGAAGAACUCAAGUUACUGUCGGAACAAUUUUCGAACAGAUUUAGCGACUUCAAAAACAUGGAAGACUGUUUCAGUUUAUUUGCUACUCCUACAAAAUAUAGUGUACAAAAUGCUCCAAUACACUUACAAAUGGAGUUGAUCGAGAUUCAAGAAAACUAA